CUGAGAGCACACAUAGUCCACGGAAGCACUGAAACAGUGCGGAGCAGAGGAGAGGAGCUCUUCCAGAUCGGUGCCAGACGAAAAGUUGGCUUUUUUUUUUAUUUAUUUUAUUUCCAGAGGCUUUUUCCCCUGGGUUUUUAAAUGAAGAACAGCAACACAUUGAAUAAGAGUUGCAACCCAUGGUUUAUUAGUCAAAGUUUGGAAUAUCUCUGUGGAUUAAAUAGGACCAUUCUCGGCGCGCAGAAACCUUACUCAGAAAGUAAAAGGGGUUGGUUCUUCUCAGCGCUGCAGUUUGAGGCGAUAAAAUAAUAAAAAGGAAACAAAAGCUCGCCAGGUCGACUCUGAGAGGUUUUUCCAACUGAGCUUUCCCAGAAAUGGUGGGUCAUCUACAUUUACAAGCGAUGGAUGAUAGCCUUAAAGGAAAGAACCGGGAAGGGCUGCUCGACAGUCCGGAUUCGGGCUUGCCCCCCAGUCCCAGUCCGCCCUUCUGCGCGCUGUCUCCGGCCCUGAUCGAGUCGCGCUCCGGCGGCUGCGCGACGCCUUUCGACAGCAAUUAUGGAUGUUACAGAAAGGAGAGCAGAGAGGGCAAACUGCUGCCCUAUCUGCUGCUGAACUGUGCAGGAACAGACCCAAAGUCUCGCAUGCACCCAGUGUUCUAUGGGGAGAGCAUUGAAGUCAACCCCAAACCAGAGCAGGAAAUCAAGUGCACAUCUGCGGUCAAGUAUGACUCCGACAAGCAUUACAGAGACCGGGUGUUGUGCGCCCCGGUUCCCAUACCCACUUCCUUCAGCGAGACGGUGGUGGCGGUGCAGAACUGCACUUGGAGAAGCUACAAGACACAAGUGUACCUGGAGCCCCGGCAGAAGCCCGUCAGCUACCAAAGCACCACCAUCAUCUACCCAAAACACACCAAGAACACUUACCGCACCACCCUCGACUACAAUCCCACAGGCACCCGCCGCUGGUUCGUCUCCACGGUGCAGCUGGAGUCCAGCGAGGAUACCAGCCCCUGCAUAAUCUACACUGAGGACCUGUAGGGCCCAGGAUCGGGGCUACAUGGUGCCAUCAAUGGAUUUCUUUUGAACUUUCAAUUUUUCUAUUCUUUUUUUCUUUUUCUGACGAUAAGGAAUUUGGAAAGAUCCACACUGAAAGGGAAUGCCUGGAGCCGGUUUAAACCCUGCUCUGGAAAUAAUUCAGCGUAUUUUGUUUUUUUAUUUCUCUUGCAGUCUUGAAUGGGGCUCUUAGUGCUCUGCAGCUGCACUACAGUGGUUCAUGUCUUAUUUAACGCAAGAGCUAACAAGCUGGGGGCCUGUGCUCUCCCUUCAGGUGGGACUGGAGCCUUGGUGAUGGUAACGUUCAGAUUCCUGGUGUCUGUAUAUAGAGGAAAAAAAAUUGACACGUGCUGUGGAUUUUACCCAGUAGCUCUGAUGCAAAGUGUACUGAAUAUGUCUUUAUUGCACUUGUUUUCUACAUGUCACAGUUCCCUCAGAGGACCUGGCGUAGCAGUGGGGAAUUUCUGUGCUGCCUCUGAAAAGUGGACCAAAAAUAGUUCAUUUCCUUUGAGUAACUCCAUACGCGCAGACGGAAAGCUCCAAAGUGUGUCUGAACAACAUCUCGUCUUUAACUGGAGGUUAGACUGAGGAAGGAGCAGAAAGUGAUUAUUUAAACUGUCCGAAAUCCAUCCCAUAUACCACCAAUUUAGCUUACUAUUUUUCAUUAGGAUCCUUUCUUGUUGGUCUGUAAGUAGUGCUGAAGGGCAGAGAGAAAAACAGUGGUCACAUUUAAGGCAUAGAAAUAAGGUUGACCUAAUUUUAUUUAUUAAAAUGUAGAAACAGAUAUUUUUGGAGAUUGUGUGGCUGUAAGAUUACAUUGUUUUUAUAAGUCAGUGGAGGGCAAGGCGUUUUAGAAAGAUGAGAGUCAUUGUACAGUUUGAACCUGCGUUCGAUACCAAAUGGUGGAGUUAACCACAACACAAUAAGGCAUUUUCAUUUAGUAUAAAUCCAGAUUAGUAGGAUCCAGACGUUAAAGCUAACAGCUAGUUCGAGAGGAGCCAAGACCCAAACUAAUUUACAUGAUCUUAAAACAUUUUAAAUCUCAAACAGGUUAUGGCGAUUAAUGCAAACGCUAUUUUAUUAACUAUUUAAACUGUCACCACGUUUGAAUUGGGCGCUUAUUUACACAGAAAUCAAGCAUUGUUCACACAGGAAAUGGAGGUUGGGGGCAGUGCAGCGCCAAUAACCUUCCUGUGUAAAAUAGAUUUGAAUGGAAAAUGUGACUCAGCUUCUGUCAGAGUAAUCAUCCUAAAUAAACGUUAAGGGGUGUAAAAUGUAAAAACAAAAAGUGCUUUAGGUUAACACUAAUGUAUUGAUCCUUACACUAUGUUACUUUUGUGUCAUACAAUUACUCUGACUGGAACAUAUUCCAUGCACAUUACAUGUUUCAUACAGGAAGAUUAUUGGUGGUGGACCGCCUUCUUUAAGCCAUGUAAAUAGCCACCCAAUGCAAACGAGACAACGCUGCUGUUAGCCUUCAAGACCGACUAAUCUAAAAUUAUACAAAAUGACAGCGUCAAGAGAGUUCUCAACUGCAUGUAAGGUAACUGCUAAUAGCCUUUUUCAAAAAUCCAAAAUUAAUUUAAUACCUGUUUGAUUCAAGGUUUAGUAACAGCAACCUUCUCUUCAGGACUUAAAAACAAGAAACCUUUCCAGUUUGUUAGCUAGUCUAGCAUCAGUCUGUUUCAGAUGCUGCUCUAGAUUAGAUGAUAACCACUUCGAUUAUGUUAAUCAUUUAUUAAAAAAAACUCAUGUCAAAUAAAUGUAAACUUGAAGUUUUUGAAAGCAAAAUUAACUUAAUUGGUUUGUUUAAUUUAAAAUGAAUAUCAAAUCUUAUUUUGUGUUCAGUGUAAUGAAUUUCUGGACCUUCUCGUUCCAAAGUCAAUUUCCUUCUCCACACCUAGCGUGCUUAAAGCAGAGCCAUGAAACUACGUCAAAUUUAUUUGGCAAAGAAAUAAGGUUUUUCCUGUUCUUUACGUGUGUCUCUUGUAUCUUUAAAAAAAUAUUCAGGUUGCUGAAUAGGACAACUAUUCAGACUUCACCUCAAAUUUCCCAUGGUAUACAAACACGUAUUCCUCUUUUCAGUUGAGAUUUGGAGACUGUCUGUUCUUUUUUUUUAGCAUUACUGGAAGUAAGCAUGGGCCGGUUUCUGAUAAGGUUUUUAAAACAUUACGCUUUCAAAACUUUUGAUUUUAUUUUAAUGAAAUGCCAGAGAAAGUGCUGUCUUUCCCCCACCUUUUGCCGCACACUUCCACACAGCUGGCCGAAAGAAGGCUUGUACAUUUUUGUCCGACCCACAGAAAAGACUAAUUUGGCUGCCUCAAAAGUUGCGUGUCGCCACUAAAGGAGUGGCACCGGCCAAUGCUUAGUCUGAAGUAACCUCCGGGUCAACUGUGGAGGUGGACUAAGAGGAGGAUGUGAUGCUGAGGCAGUGCAGCAGUACUUUAAGAUGGGUGAUACUGAGGGGAGAACAGUAAGUGCAGAUCGAAAGAGCUAAGAAAGAAAGUCUAUUUGCAAAGAAAGAAAAAGAGAAGGAAUUAGUUCUCAUGGAGGUAUUUUUCCUACCAAGCCAGAGGUUCCUGGGAGGACGUUUGAUUUAGUCAUGUGUUGACAGUCUAUGAGAUGUUGGGUUUUGAUGAAAGCUGAUAGAUCUUAAAUUUAAUACAUUGGUGGUUUUAUGUGUGAUACUUUUGUCUUCUGACACUUGACAUAACAUUUGAUACUGUAUAAUAUUGUCCUAUUGUAUAUGUGGCAUCGAGGCACUUCAUAAUUCUCUUUAUAUUUUUGUACAUCAAUCAUUGUUCCAGUUCUGAUGAGAGAUAUUAUUUAAAAAGAUGUAUAACCUAAAUGAAUAAAAACAAGGGAAUUCCUAAA